AUGCAAUCAAGGAAUGUGCUGGAACAUGAUGGAAAGCGGUGGAAUGUUCCAUCAGGGUCUAGAUCUAAUCAUGUGCUACAGGUCUGGAUCAAAUCCGAAAAGAAUGUGCUCCUUGAGAAUUUGCAGCUCGGACUUCCCAAAGCCUUCUUGACUGGGAUAUAUGCGCAGAAUGACACAAUCAAGGCAUACCAAGUACACGAGCACAUCCUUCCACUGGCGCAGUGUAUCAAAAGAGACAUUGUUUUGCCCUCUGCGGAUGCGUUGCAAAUUGGGAUUGGUGAAUUUAGCCCGGAGAGACAGAAAAUAUUCCAGGCUCAUGCACGCAGGGUCAAAGGUCGCAGAUAUGGCCGACAUUUCUGCAGCCCAUCGUUGAGCCGCUUCGUUGUCUUUAAUGUUACCGAGCCAGGACGACGGCAUGUUCGGUCGGCACAAAAGACGUUGGCUUGUGUCUGUAGAGUGGCACAAUCAAGGUCAAGAAUAACAGCUGUGAGUGGGCACGCACGUAAUGGUCGCGGUCAAGAAAAUAGUUCAAACAAACGUGCUAAGACGCGGCGACUGCCGCCAGUAGUCAUGUCAGUAGUUGACGGGCUACGGGGCGCAUUCAAUGCGGUCAGGGGAGUUUGUGUGUGGGCGGGUAUGCGCGAUGCGCGCGGUAAUCAACCGAUUCGUCCAUAG